GUGGCGCUAGCAUUUUGUUAGUGGGAAGCUGCAUGCGGCCGACUCUAGAGCCAUGAUGCCCUUUAUUGAAAAGUGUCUGGUUUUCCGCACCAACUCAUUGUGUACGUCGUUUUUUGUUUUCCUGUCAACGGAGACGGGGUGAAGUCGGUCACUUGAAUUGAUUCCACCGCUUGAGCUGUUUCAGCCGUCAAAAGUUCCAAGAUGCGAGAAAUUGUUCACAUCCAGGCCGGGCAGUGCGGCAACCAAAUAGGUGCUAAGUUCUGGGAGGUAAUCUCGGACGAGCACGGCAUUGACCCCACUGGCAGUUACCAUGGAGACUCUGACCUGCAAUUGGAGAGGAUCAGCGUCUACUACAAUGAAGCCUCUGGAUGCAAGUAUGUCCCACGAGCCAUCUUAGUGGACCUGGAGCCUGGCACCAUGGACUCUGUACGCUCGGGACCCUUUGGACAGCUCUUCCGACCGGACAACUUUGUUUUCGGCCAGAGUGGUGCGGGCAACAACUGGGCCAAGGGCCACUACACUGAAGGGGCAGAGCUGGUGGACUCUGUGCUGGAUGUGGUACGCAAGGAGGCGGAGGGCUGUGACUGCCUGCAGGGCUUCCAGCUGACCCACUCGCUGGGAGGGGGCACGGGCUCCGGCAUGGGCACCCUGCUCAUCUCCAAGAUCCGAGAGGAGUACCCCGACCGCAUCAUGAACACCUUCAGCGUGGUGCCCUCGCCCAAGGUUUCAGACACCGUGGUGGAGCCCUACAAUGCCACCCUGUCCGUCCACCAGCUGGUCGAGAACACUGACGAGACAUUUUGCAUCGACAACGAGGCUCUGUACGACAUCUGCUUCCGCACCCUGAAGCUCACGACCCCGACCUACGGCGACCUGAACCAUCUGGUCUCUGCCACCAUGUCUGGUGUCACCACCUGCCUCAGGUUUCCCGGCCAGCUGAACGCAGACUUGCGCAAGCUUGCCGUGAACAUGGUGCCUUUCCCGCGUCUCCACUUCUUCAUGCCCGGCUUUGCCCCCCUCACGUCCCGGGGCAGCCAGCAGUACAGGGCCCUGACCGUGCCGGAGCUGACCCAGCAGAUGUUCGAUGCCAAGAACAUGAUGGCCGCCUGCGACCCCCGCCACGGCCGCUACCUGACAGUGGCCGCCAUCUUCAGGGGCCGCAUGAGCAUGCGGGAGGUGGACGAGCAGAUGCUGAACGUACAGAACAAGAACUCCAGCUACUUUGUGGAAUGGAUUCCUAACAAUGUGAAGACGGCCGUGUGCGACAUCCCUCCCCGGGGCCUCAAGAUGUCUGCCACCUUCAUUGGGAACAGCACCGCCAUCCAGGAACUUUUCAAGAGAAUCUCGGAGCAGUUCACCGCCAUGUUCCGUCGCAAGGCCUUCCUGCACUGGUACACCGGGGAGGGCAUGGACGAGAUGGAGUUCACAGAGGCAGAGUCGAACAUGAAUGACCUGGUCUCCGAAUACCAGCAGUAUCAGGAGGCCACUGCCGACGACGAGGGCGAGUUCGAGGACGAGGAGGAGCUGGCACAGCCCGAAGCUUAGACUCUCUUAUCUCUGUUUUGUUCUUCUAAACAAACCUUAGCCUUUUUAAAUAUUCACUAUUCGGAUUGAUUUGCAGCUAACAUUCUUUCCUCGUUUUUUCUAAUAAAUCAAUUGGAGUUCUUGC